AUGAACACCGUCAAAUCCGUCUACUACGGCUGGGCGACCCUGAUCGCCGCCGGCGGCGGCGCAUACUACUUCGCGAAGAAAUCGAUCAACGCGGAGCGCGCAGCCAAGGCGGAGGCGGACCGCCAGAAGCGCGUGCGGCAGUACCAGCUCGAGGCGGCGCACGGAAUGCACGGCCAGUCCCCCUCGAAUGGCGCAUCCUCGAAUCCUACAGUAGGACCCAACGCAGUCGUCAGCGCCUCCACCUCCACCGCGCAGUACAAAGGCGACAAGCAGGGUGUUGCACAAAGCAUACGCAGCGAGGACGAGAGCGGCAGUGCGAGUGUGCAGGCGAGCCGGGAUCCGGCGGCGACGCGGCACGCGCCGGCGAGCGAGGGGGCGGAGAAGAGCAAGUACGAGGCGAGCGACGUGUAUCGGACGCGCAAGGGGGAUCGGUUUUCGUAG